GCUCUGUAGGUUGGAUAUGGGGACUCUGGCGCUUGAAUCUGAAGAUGUAAGGUCAGAUAUAUACCUUUCACUGGGGCUCAAAGAAUUGGACAAAGGAGUUGUUGGAAUUCCACGGGUUUUAUCACUUGUUGCUUCACUUCUAGAGCGAUCAGUUCAGCGAAAUGAAAUGCUAUUGGAGGCAAAGCAAGUAAAAGAUGUAGUUACAGUAUUUCAUGGUCUAAGAGCACCUAGUCUGAGUAUUUCUAAGUAUAUCGACCGUAUCUUCAAGUACUCAGGCUGCAGCCCAUCCUGCUUUGUUGUUGCGCAAAUUUAUGUGGAUAGAUUCCUUCAAUGCACUGAAGUUAAGCUUACUUCACUCAAUGUGCAUCGGCUUCUGAUAACUAGCAUUAUGCUAGCAGCAAAAUUUAUGGAUGAUGCGUAUAUUGUCUUCAACAAUGCCUACUAUGCAAAAUUCGGAGGAAUAAUCACAAGUGAGUUGAAUAGGUUGGAGAUGAACUUCCUCUUUAGCAUAGAUUUUAGACUUCAGAUUAGUGAAGAGUCAUUUGGGAAAUAUUGUGUGCAAUUGGAGAUGGAAGCUGCAGAGGCACUCCAGAUUGAGCGGCCAAUGCAGGCUUGUCGAUCAAAGAAAGCUGGUCCCAAAGAUGACUCCACUUGUGCUUCGACAAUCGCAAGAUGAAAUUGUUGAAGAUAAGCUGUUCCAAUUCCUCGAUUGCCCCAGACAGAAUCAAAAAUUGUGUUGUAAUAUUAAAAAAUGGAUUGAUUGCUAGUUAAA